UUGUCUCUGUAAAUCUCCUCUCGCCUAGAAAACCAUCCUACAAUCAAUAUACUAGCUCCAGUUCUUUCAUCAGCUUCAUCAGUUCAUUCAAAAGUAUCAAACUUUUAGAUGUCUACAGCGGAUUUUGGUGAAGUUUCUCGGCCUCCAGGUGAAAAUUAUGCCAAUCCGAAGACGUGUUUCUUUCAUGUUCUAUUCAAGGCUGCAGCUUUGGUAUUUUACAUACUUUCUGCACUCUUUUUUGAUAACUUUGUCAUAAUUUUCGUGGUGACUGUUCUUCUUGCUGCCCUUGAUUUUUGGGUGGUUAAGAAUGUAAGUGGCCGUAUAUUAGUCGGUUUGAGGUGGUGGAAUGAAAUUAAUGAUCUUGGUGAGAGUGUAUGGAGAUUUGAAUGCCUUGACCAAGGGCUUAGCAAUUUCCAUGAUCAAAUUAUGCCUGCUUGUAUAUUUAUGUUGAAUUGUUUAACUGUUUGAGGUUUUUUUCUAAGGUUAGCAUUUUCCUGAUAGUGUGUGUAUCAUUUUUCUUCAUCUUCUUUUAAUUUUUUCUUGUCUUUCCUG